GCUGGAGAAUGUGAAGCAGAUGGAGCAUUUGAAACCCUAGUUUUCGGCUAGUUUCGUCAGGGAAACUCAGGCUUGAGGACAACGCACAUCGUACUUCCGAAUCCUGCUGUGACUUGGGUCUGUUCGCCAUGGAUCGGCGUGGAUAUCCGCCGGGCCCGGCGGGUUGGGAUCCUAAUGCGUCGAACGUACCACCCAUGGACCAGCGAUUUAACCAGCCGCCGCCUUCGCAGCACUUUCUACCUCCUCAGCAGCAGCAGCAGCAGCAACAGCAUCAGCAGCAGCAGCCGCCACCACAGCAGCAGCAGCAGUUUCAGCAGCAACCCUCGUAUCCCCCGUACAAUCCGCCUCAGAUCCCGCCGUAUAACGAGCCUCCCCGCGCUUACACCCAGGGUCCACCUCCCUCGUACGGCGGAGGCCCUCCGCCGCCGUCUUAUAACGAGCCGCCGUCUCAGCCUUAUAACGCGCCGCCGCCGCAGUAUCAGUCUUAUGGGGGGGGCGCCCCUCCCCCGUACGGCGCCGCGCCUCCUCCCCAGCAGCAGCAGAGUUACAGCCCGCAUCCGCCUGCAUAUGGCGGGCCGCCUCCCGCGUACCCCCCGCCGCAGCAGCAUCAGCAGCCGCCGCCGCAUCUGCCGCCGCAGCAGCCGCCGGCCGGCUACGCACCUCCGCCGUGGCAGGCGCAGGGACCGCCGCCAGCUCAGGGGCAGUAUCCGCCAGCUCAGCAGAUGCCAGGUGGCAUGCGGCCGCCUGAGGGCCGAUCCGAUCCGUCCGCGGCGGCGCCGUGGAAGCAGCGGCAGCAGCAGCAGCAGCCAGAGGAGGAUAGAUCUCGUGACAAGGACGACCGCUCUCGCGACCGCGACCGCGACCGCGAUCGGGAUCGGGAUCGCGACCGUGAUCGCGACCAUCGCGAAUCUUCGUCAAAGCCUUCGCUGAACCGUUACCCGCCGCCGCAGAGUCUCUACAGCGAUCCGCUGAAGCCUCCCCCCAGCUCCAUCUACGAAGACGAGUCUCCUCGCGGGGGAUCCAAGUCGAAGCUCAAGGUCGAAAUGGUGAUGGGGAAAGCGGCCGGUGCGGACGCUAAGACUGGCGCUCCCGCUUCUGCGAUGACUCAGAUCCUCGCGGCUAGGUCCGCCGUGUCUGCGCUUCUCGCAGCGACGAACCCGCAGCUGGCGGCGGCGCAGCAGCGCGCGGCCGCGGUUUCCGCCGCGAUUACCGGCUCGACGGGACCCGGCGGUACGAGUUCCGCCGCGGCGGCGAUUGCGGCGGCCGCCGCCGCUGCGAAGAACCCGCUGCUGGCGAGUAACCCGCUUCUCGCGGCGCAGGUGGCCGCAGUCGGCGGGUCGAACGCGGCCUCCGCCGCUGUCACGAAAGCCGCGUUACUGGCCGCAGCGGCUAACAGCGCGCGGCUGGGAGCGGUGAACCCUGGGCUUGCCAUGGCGCUGGCUAUGGCGGCGGCGAAACAGGCGGAAGCGGCGAGGGCGGAAGGGUUGCCUGCUGACGGGGAGAAAGACAAGAAGGCGGAUGAUCGCGCGGGGGAGAAGCGGCGGAGGUCCCGCUCCCGCUCCCGCUCCCCCUACUUCCGCCGCGGUCGCGGCAGGUCGCUCUCCCGCUCCCCCCCCCGCCGCCGCCGAUCGAAAUCCCCCCCCGCGGGGGACAAGAAGCCCGGGUCCGCGUCGCCCACACGUUCCUGGAUGCGCGAUCGCGACGUGCCCAUGCGAAGCAGGAGCCCGUCGCCCAGGGGUCGCAGACGACGGUCGCGGUCGUGGUCGCGGUCGCCUGUGCGACGCAGACGUGGGGGUUCGCGGUCGCGAUCGCGGUCGCCGUAUGGGCGGGGGAGGUUUGGCGGGUGGCGCGGGCGCGGGAGGGAGGUCAGUCCGGAGCAGCCCACCAGUACCGUGCUGAUUCGGGGCAUCGCGCCGUGGGCUGUUGAAGCGGAUAUCUUUGCGCUGCUGGGCGAGUGGGGGCCGUUGAAGGAGGUGCGCCUCAUCAAGGAGCGGGCCACGGGGUUCAACAAGGGCUUCUGCUUUGUCGACCUUGAGACGGUGCAAGCCGCUGCAAGGGGGCGAGGACGGGGGAGGGCCGCUUGCAGACAGCAGUUCUGGCAAGCCCCUGGACUGGGUGUGCCCGUCCUGCGGUGUCAAUAACUUCGCCCGCCGCUCCGAGUGCUUCAAGUGUGUCACGCGCAGGCCGGCCAAUCCGGUGACUGUAGCAGACAGGGGCGAGGCAGGAGGAUUCGAGAGAGGGGGGCGCGGAGGCUACGAGAGAGGCGGAAGGGGAGCGCCUUUUGCUGCUGCUGCGGGGGGGCCAGAUGCGUCGAACGUGCUUAUAGUGAGAGGGCUGGACGACAGCGUGCAUGAGGAGAGCCUGAGGCAGGAGUUCUCGCAGCAUGGCUCCGUGACUGACGUGCGCAUGGUUCGCGACAAGACCACGCUCAAGUCGCGUGGAUUCGCCUUCGUCACCUUCUCUUCUGUCGACCAAGCCACGCGCGCCAUGGUCACGUGCCACAACAAGCGUCUCUUCAAGGGCGGCCCUGUCAUGCGGGUGGCUUAUGCGCGCAGCCUCAACCACGGCGUGCCCAACACGCCCCUUGCAGACGCUGCCACCGCUGCCUACGCCACUGCUGCUGGCGGUGGUGCUGAGGAUGCUGACGUCAUGGCUCAGAUGGAGGCGUCGGGGUGGAUGCCCAAGGAGUAUGACGAGGCGGCAGCGGGAGGGCAGGCGCAGUCGCAGACGGGGAGUGGCUUCGUGUGGGACGAGGCGUCGGGGUACUACUACGACAGCAGCACCAGCUUCUACUACGACAGUGCCUCAGACCUCUACUACCACUCUGACUCGCGCCAGUGGUUCCGCUACGACGCCACAACCGGCGAGUACAAGCAGUGCACGGCUGAAGAGCUCGAAGCGGCGGGCAGCGCGCCUGCUGCCAUGGCUGUUGCUGCUGCCACCGCCGCUGCCAAACGUGACGCUGCUGCUGCCGCUGGUGGCUCUGCUGGUGCCCGUGGUGAUGUGUCUGCUGAUACUAAGCCAAAAAACGAAGUGAACGCUGAGGCUGGGGGAAAGGAGGGGCAGAAGGAGGGGGGGAAGGAGGAGCAGCAGGGCGAGAAGAGGAAGAAGUCUUUUGCUGAAUCGGUGGCAGCAGCGGCGGCCUCAGCAUUUCAGGCGGAAAAAGAGAGGGAGGCAGCAAAAAAGAAGCAGCUGGAGAAGGAGAAAGAAGCUGCUGCUGCUGCUGCCGCCGCUGCUGCUGCUGCUGGUGGGGAUGGCGCUGCUGCUGCUUCUGGCGGUGCUGCUAUGGAGGGCAAGAUUCGGACGUAUGUGCCGUCUGCCGCCCUUGCGUCUCAGGUGGCGAAAGAAGCUGCUGCGGGCAUGGGGGGAGGAGGUUCGGGAGGAGGUGCGGGAGGAGGUUCGGGAGGAGCGGGAGGGGCAGCGGCGGGUGAUGGUGCGUAUGAUCCCAUUGCUGCGGCACUGGAGGUGGGGGGAGGCAUGCCGGACUGGGUGACUGCACCCAUCCCCGCUGCUGCUGCUCCUGCCCCUGCUGGAGGCCCCGUCCCUUCGCCGUAUUCUCCUGGGCUUCUGCCGCGCCCUGCUGGGGCAUGGCAGCCGCCGCCUCCCAGCUACUAGCAAGACUUGGGUCAGGAGCCUGGAACGUGGUUGGUUGGCUGCUGCCGCCGCUGCCGCCGGUGCUGCCGCUGCUGCUGCUGCUGCUGCUGGCAGCCACCACUUGAGCAUGACUAUCAGUGAAGCAGCCAACUUGUUUCCACACCCCUCGUAACUUCUCCUAGCUAGUGGUGCUGAAGGUUUGGUACUUCUAGCUUCUCCUGCUAUUGCAGGGAUACCCUUGUCCCUAUCAGUCACCCCCGCCACUCAGUCACCUGUUGGGUGGUUUCGGUGUGUGUGGAUUGGAGUUGCGUGGCUGGUUGGGCUUGCAAGACUCUUUUGCUUGGCCUUGGUUGGUUGGCUUUUACUUCAGCUUUGACUUGUGAUACUGGGGUGUUAAGUGUAAUGAUUUGACAGGUGUUGCCGGAGACUAAGUGUAGAAUCUGCAAACUCAAACACUUGGAAAACCUUAAGUGUUGGCCUAGGA